UAGCCGUUAAUUCUUCUCUAGUCUCUACGCCUACGCUUGCACAACCCUUUCGGAAUUCAGACCCCCCAGCCAGCCUCGUGAAUGCAAAUCCCUGGCUCCUAAUCGGAUAAGAUCACCAUGGUCAAAGUCAGACAAGGCCCAUCUCCCUCAAACAGAGACGCAACCACCAAAUACUAUUAAGAAUGGUCGUCAAUGUCGCAUCAAGGAAGGAAUACCAACAGGCCAGAUUAUUUCCACAUCUAGUAUUUAUCUAUUAUUUCCCUUUUUAGGGGUGUUACCAUAUAUUUGUCUACUGUUUCAUAGCUUUUGUCAAGAAUUGGGUCUUUCUAGUAUUUGUAGGCCACGAAUCGCUUAGUGGGUUAUCAAAAGUUCUAACCUUGAUGGUCGAAAGUUAUAGGGGAAUUCACGCUUUAUAUGGGUAUUCGUUUGAGAUUUUUGCGGAUGGAAGAAUUUUCUUUUCUCGCCGGCAGUUUUGGAGGUAUAUAUUUGGCAUAUUAUUAUUAUUAUUACUUAAGAGUUUUUGGGAAAGAUCCCACAGUUGUUCUUCGUGCAGUUCUCUUGCUCCAGUUGGGAUUUGCUGGAAAGGUAAAUAGAUUUUCUGUGGCAAUCUGAUUUCAGUCUGUGUGGUUACAUUCAUGUCAAUUUACCAAUCUCUCUUGGAGAGUUUCAGUGAAGAUUAAGCUCCUGAAUCAUGGAGAGUCCUUACGAAACAUCACGCAAUGGUAAUGGUGAAGAAGCCCAUUCUGGCAGUCUCCAGAUUAUUAAAUACACACCAUUUCGACCCUGCUCCAAAUUGUCGUCUCCUUGGUUUGAUUUGAGAGUCUUCUAUGUUAGAGUGAGUAAUUUCCUGGUUGAUGAUUCAACCCCUGAGUCUCUCACUCUCAUCCAUAUCCCCCUAAACCCUGACACCUUUUUGGAGAUCAAUGGUUCUAGAAGUAGUGUUUAUUCUGAUGGUGUAUCUUCACUCCUAAGAAGAAAUCGAGUGGACAAAAAGUCAGAAGAAGCCACAUUUGUGAGCACCGACAGUGUUAGGUUAACGGGGAGUGUGAAAUUCGAGCUGUUCGAUAAGGAGGAUCUCAUUCUGUCAGGGGUUUUGGAGAUGUCUAAUAGUAAUGGUUUCACUGGAGAGAGUAAAGGUAAUGAGAAGCGAUGGAGCAUGAAUUGUGACUCGGUGAUGACUGCUGGCUCCGGCUUCUUGAAGGGGAAACAUAUUUCGAGUCAUGAGUUAUCAUUACCAACAAUAGAGGUUUAUAUCGCUGGCUGCUUCUCAGGGAAACCAGUCAUCUUAACUAAGAUUUUGCAGCUUAGUUUCUGGAAAAAGCAUAACAGGAUGGGUGCACUGGAUGUGAUCCCAGAGUAUGAUACGACUGAUCAGUCCCAGAAAGAUUCGCCACCCGGUCAUGAUCUUCAGAUGGCAGAAUAUGGAGACUACAAACCUCAAGCCGAUGAAGACUACAGCAACAUAUACCGGUGGAGGACAGGAUACAUGGAGGGUGAAGACGGUGAACUUUCAUGGUUCAAUGAUGGUGUGAGGGUUGGUGUUGGAAUUGGACUAGGCAUAUGUCUGGGAAUUGGUAUAGGAGUCGGCUUGCUGGUGCGUACUUACCAAACAACCACUCGAAACUUCAAGAGGCGACUUUUGUGAUUCUUGUCAGUUCCCUCUGUCCAUAGGCAGCUAACUUCUUGUUUAUGGUACAACCACAGAUUUCAGUAGUUUCUUCGUGUCCUAAUUGUUCUUUCCCCUUUUCCCCUCAUUUCUUUGUUCUUUGCACAGUUAUAUGAUAGGGAUCCUAGCAAUAGUUGUCCCACGCACAGGAUUCAUUUGCAUGUGAUUCCUGUCUGAAAUGAUCUCUAAAUGUGUCAUGAUACUUGUUUUGUACGUGAAUUUCAUGUGUAUCAGAGAUGGUGUCUACAUGACUUCUUUUGUACAUGAAAAGUCUACAUGAAUUAAAGCAAUAGAUUUUAUUAAGAUUUUGGUUCU